AUGACGAGGAAGCCGAUCCUUUACGACAUCCACGUCGAGGAGUACCACGUUGACCGGGUUAUGAGGCAGUUCGGUCUCUACCAGCGGACCCCGGUCCCGAUUGUGCACUCAGUGGAGGCCCAUGUCCACAGGUGGACAUGGCAGGGUCAGCCACCAGGCUCGCGGUGGGCCGACAAGGUCCGUCCUUACGUCGACUCUUGGGCCGCGGCCCUCGACGACGUCGUUUUCGAGGAUCGGCCGCACAGCGACGAGGCGUUCGCGGACUACCUACGGUGGUACCUGCCGAGGACGCGCACACGUGUCGUGCACAUUCCACCAGAGGCUCCGAUCGAGGCCGCAAGGGUGUCGGAGACGUACCCCGUAAUUCGAGAUCAGAACUUCGCCAUAGCGUACGAUGUCAUACGAGCGAUUGAGUCCGAGGCUUCAUCGAGUAUGGGCCAGUACCAUGACAUGACGCCCGCCCAGCACCAGAGCACACUGCAGAAGAUCGUCGAUAUGUGCAAGCGAUUCCGACGAGCCGUGACCUGUCGUGACGACGACACCUUCCUCCCACCUCGCAGUUCGGGGCCGGUUCCUGGGACCGGUCCAUCGUCACGACGGUCUGCACCCGCGGCACAGUCAGGUCCACCGCCACCGCCACCGCCACGUGAAACGAUGACGACACCUUCGGGUUCUGCAGUUCGGCCCACGUACGUGCCGCGACCGGCACAUUUGUACUCGGCAGCGCCCGGCUCGUCGCUGUUUCCGUCGAUGGAUCCCUACGGCGCUGGAUCUUCGUCUCUUCGUCGUCCAAUACACGAUUUAGAGUACCGGCAGGUGGGAGGGACAGACGACGAUGAGGAGAUUCAGGAGGUAGACGACCUCUCGCAGAUGGAGCGGGUGAACACGUUCUUCUCUUCUGCACCGACGCAGGAGGUCGUCGGCACUUCACAGCUGGGGGGUGCCCCACUCGCGAUGCAGGACUACAGUCAGGUGGAACAGACGCCUGUUCCUGAGCAGGGUCGUCGGUCCACUCGCCAGACCAUCCCGCCGGAGCCACUGACGUACUCACAGCACCACACUAGGGCGGGCCAGGCUACAGAGCGACGUGGCAGGAGGAGAGGGGGCAAGCGCGGACACAUCUAGUUUACAGGUUGUAGCUUGUU